CCGGCGAGCAGGUUGGAAUUGUGUGGUCUGGUGUCCUUCUCACCUCUGAUUGACAGCAUCAUGUGUGAAACCACGACAGACACGGGGAAUCCCUCACUCAACAAGCUGAUAGAGGAGUGGCUGAGAUGGGACAAAAACGAGAAGACGCAGGAUGAGUUGAAGGAGCUGGUGGCGCGGAAGGAGUUAGCUGAGGUGGAGAGGCUGCUGAAUAACCGUCUGUUGUUUGGUACAGCUGGGCUGAGGGGCCGCAUGGGGACUGGCUAUGCUCAGAUGAAUGACCUUGUCAUCAUUCAGACCUCGCAGGGCCUGGCCAAGUAUCUGACAGCAGUGCACCCUGAGGCCAAGAGUGAAGGUGUUGUGAUUGGCCAUGACAGCCGCCACAACAGCCACAGGUUUGCAAGACUGGCUGCUGCUGCAUUCCUCAAUGCUGGGGUGCCAGUGUACCUUUACAGUAAGAUAGUGCCCACACCUUUUGUUCCCUUUGGUGUGGUGCAGCUUGGGGCAGCAGCAGGUGUCAUGGUCACAGCCUCCCAUAAUCCCAAGGAGGACAACGGCUACAAGGUUUACUGGGGAAACGGAGCCCAGAUCAUCCCACCACAUGACACUGGAAUCCAGCAGAGCAUCGAGGAGAAUCUGGAGCCGUGGCAGGACGCAUGGGAUACAGAGAAGGCUGUGGCAGACUCACGCCUCAGUGACCCCCUUGUUGAGAUGUCUGGCAAGUACUUCACCAAGCUUUCAGCCUCCAUGCUUGACAGGGACAUGAACCAAGCAUCACCAGUCAGCUUCACAGUAACAGCCAUGCACGGCGUCUCGCAUGAGUACAUGGAGGAGGCUUUCAAGGUCUGCGGGUUUAAGCCAAUGGUGCCAGUAAAGGAGCAAAUGGUACCCGACCCAGAUUUUCCUACUGUCAAAUUCCCCAACCCUGAGGAAGGAAAGAGUGCCCUAGACCUCUCCUUCAAGACAGCCAAUGAGAAUAAGUCCACAGUGAUCUUGGCCAAUGAUCCUGAUGCAGACAGACUGGCAGUGGCCGAGAAGCAGCCCAAUGGACAGUGGAAAGUGUUCACAGGCAAUGAGGAGGGGGCACUGCUGGGCUGGUGGAACUGGCAGCGCUGUCAACGUCUGUCCCCACACAUUCCUGCCUCAGACUGUUACAUGGUGGCCUCCACUGUCUCCUCCAAGAUCCUGAGAGCCAUUGCCAACAAGGAAGGAUUUAACUUUGUGGAGACACUGACAGGCUUCAAGUGGAUGGGUAAUGUGUCCCAUGGCCUGAUGAAGCAAGGAAAGACAAUACUGUUUGCUUUUGAGGAAGCCAUUGGAUUCAUGAAUGGCUCUGAGUAUAUCCCAUCCCCCUCUCCCUCGUUCCCUUCCCCUCCCUUUCCCCAGGUGCUGGACAAGGAUGGGAUAUCAGCAGCUAUGUAUGUGGCUGAGCUGGCAACCCACCUGGCCAAGGAAAACAAAACACUCACAGACCAGCUGCAGGAAAUUUACAAGAUGUAUGGUUAUCACAUCUGUAACAACUCCUACUACAUCUGUCAUGACCAAGACACCAUCAGAAAUAUGUUCAAGAGGAUGAGAAACUUCUCUGGGAAGGACACAUACCCUGAGAGUGUUGGCAAUGGUCGUUUUAAAGUGGCUUCUGUGAGGGACCUUACUACUGGGUAUGACUCCUCCCAGCCUGACAAGUGUGCAGUGCUGCCUGUCUCCAGCUCUAGUGAAAUGAUUACCUUCACCUUUGGCAAUGGUUGUGUCUUGACACUAAGGACCAGCGGCACAGAGCCCAAGAUUAAGUAUUACUCAGAGAUGUGUGCCACUCCUGACCAAGGGGACUGGAAGGCUCUGGAGGUGGAGCUUGCAGACCUAGUGAAUUGUGUAGUGGAGGAACUGAUGCAGCCAAGCAAGAACAGCCUCAUUCCCAAGGCAGACUAAGAGGCCUUUCGCAAACCAUGACCACAUGUCAGCUCGCAUCUAUUCAGAUUAAAUGAGUGGAUAAGUCUG